UUAUUCCCCCCCCCCCCCAAAUUUUCUUUUUCUUUCUGCUCGGGGAUUCUCUGAAAUCCCCGCCGUGUGCGAUUCUCGUCCGUCUUCCGCCGCCGCAUUUGUCGUUAUAGAUCUGAAGGAAACACAUCAAGGUUUGAUGAACGGUGUAUCUAGUAGCUUAAGGGCAGCUUUUUCCCACUGUGUACAUCAAGUGAGGAGCUAUGAUUAUCAUCACUACCUUUGCCUCCUUGAGCUCCCCGCUAACAUGCGAAAGGCUGCAUUUGCACUUCGUGCCUUCAAUGUUGAAACUGCCAGAGCCAUGGAUGUUGCUUCUGAUCCCAAGAUUGGUCUCAUGCGACUUGUUUGGUGGCAAGAAGCCAUUGACAAAAUUUAUGCUAACAAGUUGAUUGAGCACCCGACAGCACUGGCCCUCUCUUCAGUUGUAUCUGAAAGUAAAAUUAGCAAGGUUUGGUUAAAACGGGUAGUUGAUGCUCGGAUCAAUGAUGCAAAUAGAGAAGUUACUGACCUACCAGAGACUAUUGAGGAGUUAGAGAAAUAUGCAGAGGAUACUGCAUCAACUCUUCUCUACAUGACUCUUCAAGCCGGUGGUAUCAGGUCUACUGGAGUUGACCAUGCUGCAUCACAUGUUGGUAAGGCAAGUGGCCUCCUUUUGCUACUUAAGUCACUGCCAUACCAUGCUAGCCGCAACCGUCACUCUUCUUACAUACCAUCUAAUGUGGCUGUUAAGCAUGGGCUGUUAGUUAAGGAAGGAGGUCGAUUGGAGAUCAACCUGGAUUCUCAGGAGCACUUAUGUGAUGCGGUCUUUGAAAUGGCAUCAGUAGCCAAUGCCCAUUUGGUGAAAGCUCGUGAAUUAGCCAAUGCUGUGCCAUCUGAGGCACGAAAAGCACUUCUACCAGCUGUGCCUGCCCAAGAUCUGUUGGAUUCCCUCAGCAAUGUGCAGUUUAAUGUUUUUGAUUCAAGGUUAUCAAAAGGGAUUUUGGGUAAACCUCCAUUGUGGUUCCAGAUGAAACUAAAGUGGUAUUCAUGGCGGGGGCUAUACUGAUGAAUUUAUUGUUACAAUUUCUGUCAGCUGAAUAGUUUCAGUUGACCAAUGAAACCAUAAACAAGUUCUCUGUUGUAUUUUUUUCUUUCUUAAUAAGGGGAUUGAGUAUCCUCAUGAUACACGUUUAUUGACAAAUGAACAGCGAUCAUUGCAAGCAACGGGUUUGUUGUUCUUUGUAAUUUAUAAUAGUGUAAUUUUGCAAUUCUGUUAUGAUAAAGAUGUUCCACUUAGGCU